AGUUUUUUUGUUGACAGGUUUCUCUCCUACAUCAGGCUGGGCAGUUGACCCCUUUGGAUACUCACCCACUAUGGCGUACCUCCUGAACAGGUCAGGAGUCACGGGAAUGCUGAUACAGAGGGUUCACUACGUCCUCAAAAAACACCUGGCAAAAAAUCACAAUCUGGAGUUUAUGUGGCGGCAGCUCUGGGACACAGAGGGCAGUUCUGACAUUUUAACUCACACCAUGCCGUUUUAUUCGUACGACAUCCCCCACACGUGUGGCCCUGACCCUAAGAUUUGCUGUCAGUUUGACUUUGCACGGAUGUCCCCGGGGAGAUACAGUUGUCCAUGGAGGGUUCCCCCUCAGGCAAUCACAGAGUCUAAUGUAGCAGAAAGGACAGCCCUGUUAAUUGACCAGUACAAGAAGAAGGCCUCACUGUAUGGUAGUAACGCCCUCUUUAUCCCGCUGGGAGAUGACUUCCGAUACGACAGAGUUGAUGAAUGCGAGAGACAGUUUGACAAUUAUCAGAAAAUCUUUGAUUACCUCGACAAGAACCCACAGCUAGGGGUCAAGGCACAGUUUGGUACCCUGACUGAGUAUUUCAAUAAAAUCCACGAGUUAUCUGGGUCACGGCCUGGCAGUAAGCCCCCCGACUACCCCGUUCUGACCGGGGAUUUCUUCACGUACGCCGACAAGGAUGACCACUACUGGUCUGGUUAUUUUACCUCACGACCAUUCCAGAAACAGCUUGACCGACAUAUCGAAACAAGUCUUAGAUCAGCUGAGAUAGCCCUGAGCCUUGCCUCGGUCCACCAGAAGAAGCACCUGUUGACUGGUUUCCCGGUGGACCAGAUGAUGCGGCUGUUGGUGGAGGCCAGGAGACACCUGGGUCUGUUCCAGCACCACGACGGGAUCACUGGCACCGCCAAGGACUUUGUAGUGGUGGAUUACGGAGAAAAACUUCUGACAGCAGAAAACAACUGUAAGACCAUCAUUACUGAGGCCGUGACCUUUAUCUCCAUGGCAACCAAGAGUGAUUACAAACAAAGCAUAUUCUUUGAUAUUGACGAGACCAGGAAAAGCCAUGACACCUUAAUAGAAAGAAACCUGCUGCAAGUUACAUCUAAACCCAGUUCUGUGAUUUUGUACAAUUCUCUGGCCCACCCCAGACAGGAAGUGGUCAAUCUCCACGUUAGUGACCCUAAUGUAGAGGUCAUUGACCCCCGCGGAAAGGUCAUCUCCUCCCAGACUGACCCCUACUGGAAAGAACCCACCACCAUGUCUGAAAGGCGAUUCAAGCUGUCCUUCGUUGCUGAUGUCCCCGCUCUAGGAAUCGCUCGGUAUCAGGUCACACAGAAGGAACACAGCUCUCAUAACAGUCACAGUAAAGUCACAUUCUACAACAGUGGGGAACCCUCCUAUGGCUCUGCGUUUAUAGUAGAAAGGAAAAGUUCUGUGGAGUUCAGCCUUGAAAACUUGUUUCUGAAGGCGACGUUCUCUGGAACCUCUGGUCUGCUGAGGACAGUAACAACAAAAUCCACGGGUGAUACUCACAGGUCAGAGGUCAGCUUCCAGACUUACGGAGCCCGCUCAGGAAAGGAGCGCAGCGGUGCUUAUCUGUUCUUACCCGAUGGACCGGCAAAGCCUGUCCGAGUCAGUCAUCCUGUAAUAAGAGUUGUGUCGGGUCCCAUCGUGUCAGAAGUGUCCGUCUUUAUCAGUCAUGUACAACAUGUCAUCAGACUCCACAACACAACAGGCCUUGAUGGAAGAAGUCUGGACGUGUUUAAUCUGGUGGACAUCAGAAAUGAAGUGAACUAUGAGUUGUCUAUGAAGAUUGUCACGGACGUCCAGAACUCGGAACAAGAAUUAUACACAGACCUGAAUGGCUUCCAGAUGAUAAAACGCAAGACAUUUGAUAAACUUCCCAUACAAGCCAAUGUUUACCCGAUGCCAGCCAUGGCCUACAUAGAGGAUGAUAAAACUCGCUUCACUGUCCUUACUGCUCAGUCACUGGGAGUCGCCAGUCUACAGAAAGGUGAGAUCCAGGUGAUGUUGGACCGGACGCUGAAUCAGGACGACAUGCGUGGCAUGGGACAAGGUGUCAGGGACAAUAGACCCACCCCUAACAGAUUUAGAAUUCUGAUAGAGAAACGAAGCUCCCCUCCUGUGAAGGAUAAAUUAAUGGGAUUUCCAUCACUAGAAGCUCACCUGAGUUAUCUACAGCUAAACCAUAAAAUCAGCAUACUCCCCCAGAAGUCUUCAGUGAGUGUUCCGGCAUUGCUAUCCCAGCAUUCCUUCCUGUCCUCGCCUUUACCUUGUGACGUACACCUACUUAACCUACGCUCUCUACAGAAGACUUAUGAUGGAGCAAUCACGCGAGGUGAUGACUCAGCCCUGCUGUUACACAGAAUAGGAGUGGAUUGUGGGAUACCUAACACAGACUUACAGUGUUCAUAUACACAAGGCAGGGUCCGUUUACGAGAACUGUUCAAUGAGGCUUUGGGAGUAAGAGAGAUCCGGAGAACGUCCUUGACCUUGCUCCAUGAUAAAGGUCCCACAUCACUGGACAGUGACCUGACCUUGAACCCAAUGGAAAUCUACAGUUUCAAGGUCAAGUGGUGAUGGCAGCUAUAAUUUCUGAUGGCUGCUAUAAUUUCUGGAUGAAGUAAAACCCCAUGGUGAUAAUCAAUUGUGAUAAAAAGUGAUUUUUAUUUUGCACAAAGCUGUCUGAGAUAUGAACCUACUUUAGAGUUCUCAAGGAAACACUGCUGGUCUGAAGUGUGUGUAGCAGGGCUGGUGUAGAAGUUUGAAGUGAAGAUAGAAAGAUGAAAUCUUUAAUUUAUACCAAGUUUUAUGAGAU